AUGGACCUCGUUGCACACUAUGUUUGCGACUCAACACAGAGGCAAUUCUAUUCAGAUUCGAACCCAACUCUCAAAUACAAAAAGGGUGAUAUGAGUGCCUCUGAAUACUACCAAAAUAUGACCAGAUUGGCUGACACCAUCGCCAAUAUCGGUCAUCCCAUGUCUGAUGAAGAGGUUAUUGACUAUAUUCUAGCCGACUUGGGUCCAGGCCAUGGAGAUCUAUUCACAGCUAUUACAGUCUUGAGUAAUAGUCAGGAAGUAAAGCUAUCUAAAUUCUACUCAUACCUUAUUGCACAUGUAGCUCAAACAAAUGCAAUGAAUGGCCCCAAUGAUUUUUCUUCUUCUGCAAACACUGUUACGAAACAGGAGACUACCAACCCUCGCAAAAAUCAAACCAAUAAUGGUUAUAAUGGUCCAAACAGUGGCAAUUCUCGAUUAAAUUUCCGCAACAAUGGGAACCGAGGCAGAGGGCGUGGUAGAGGAAGAUAUGGUGGGGGCCCACGCUGUCAAGUAUGUGGCAUUCCAGGUCACAUAGCUUUGAAUUGCAGAAACCGGUUUAAUCAUGCAUACCAUAAUGAAGACUAUCAAAGUGCAAACAAUGCUAUCCAUUGA